GCAUGCGCCGUCGGGGCCCGCUCGGGUGUCUGUUGCGGGCGCCGCCGCGGAGUCUCCCCCGAAUCGCCGAGCGAGCGAUCGAGCGAUCGAGCGAGCGAUCGCGGGGCCCGCCUGGUCGUUGCAGACAUGAGCCCCCCGCCGCAGGCGUCGCCGGCGCCUCGGCUGCUGUCGCUGUCGCUGCUGCUGCUGCUGCUGCUCGGGGCGGCCCCGGGCCCGCGUCGCGCCGCCGCCUUCUACCUGCCCGGCCUGGCGCCUGUCAACUUCUGCGAGGAGGACAAGAAGACGGACGAGUGCAAGGCGGAAAUCGAGCUCUUCGUGAACAGGCUGGACUCCGUGGAAUCCGUCCUUCCGUACGAGUACACGGCGUUUGAUUUUUGCCAAGCACCGGAAGGAAAGCGUCCAUCUGAAAACCUCGGGCAGGUACUGUUUGGAGAAAGAAUUGAGCCUUCGCCAUAUAAGUUUACAUUCAACAAAAAGGAGGAAUGUAAGCUCGUGUGCACAAAAACGUACCACACGGAGAAAGCGGAAGACAAACAGAAGCUAGAAUUCUUGAAGAAAAGCAUGCUGCUCAAUUAUCAGCAUCACUGGAUCGUGGAUAACAUGCCUGUGACAUGGUGUUACGACGUUGAAGACGGUCAGCGGUUCUGUAACCCCGGGUUUCCGAUCGGCUGCUACAUUACAGACAAGGGCCAUGCGAAGGACGCCUGUGUUAUCAGUUCAGAUUUCCACGAGAGAGAUACUUUCUACAUCUUCAACCACGUCGACAUUAAGAUCUUCUACCACGUUGUCGAGACAGGGUCCAUGGGGGCAAGACUCGUGGCUGCGAAGCUCGAACCCAAAAGCUUCAAGCACACCCACGUGGAUAAGCCUGACUGCACCGGGGCCCCCAUGGACAUAAGCAACAAGGCUUCCGGGGAGAUCAAGGUCGCCUACACCUACUCGGUCACCUUCCAGGAGGACAAAACUAUCAGAUGGGCUUCGAGGUGGGACUACAUUCUGGAGUCCAUGCCCCACACGCACAUCCAGUGGUUUAGCAUCAUGAACUCCCUGGUCAUCGUCCUCUUCCUGUCUGGGAUGGUGGCCAUGAUCAUGCUGCGGACGCUGCAUAAAGACAUCGCCAGAUACAACCAGAUGGACUCCACGGAGGACGCCCAGGAGGAGUUCGGCUGGAAACUCGUUCACGGCGACAUCUUCCGGCCGCCUCGGAAGGGGAUGCUGCUGUCAGUUUCCCUCGGCUCGGGGACUCAGAUCCUCAUCAUGACGUUCGUCACACUCUUCUUUGCCUGCCUGGGCUUCUUGUCUCCUGCCAACCGAGGCGCCCUGAUGACCUGCGCCGUGGUGCUCUGGGUGCUGCUGGGCACGCCCGCGGGCUACGUGGCUGCCAGGUUCUACAAAUCCUUCGGUGGCGAAAAGUGGAAAACAAAUGUUUUAUUGACGUCAUUUCUUUGUCCUGGGAUCGUGUUCGCAGACUUCUUCAUCAUGAACCUCAUCCUCUGGGGGGAGGGCUCCUCGGCCGCCAUCCCCUUCGGCACGCUGGUGGCCAUCCUGGCCCUGUGGUUCUGCAUCUCGGUGCCCCUAACUUUCAUUGGCGCCUACUUCGGCUUCAAGAAGAAUGCCAUUGAACACCCAGUCCGCACCAAUCAGAUCCCACGGCAGAUUCCCGAGCAGUCCUUCUACACCAAGCCUCUGCCUGGCAUCAUCAUGGGUGGGAUCCUGCCCUUCGGCUGCAUCUUUAUUCAGCUCUUCUUCAUUCUGAAUAGUAUCUGGUCCCACCAGAUGUACUACAUGUUCGGCUUCUUGUUCCUGGUGUUCAUCAUUCUGGUCAUCACGUGUUCCGAAGCCACCAUCCUCCUCUGCUAUUUCCACCUGUGUGCGGAGGACUACCACUGGCAGUGGCGUUCGUUCCUCACCAGCGGUUUCACUGCCGUCUAUUUCCUCAUCUACGCGAUCCACUACUUCUUCUCCAAGCUCCAGAUCACGGGCACGGCGAGCACCAUUCUCUACUUUGGCUACACCAUGAUAAUGGUCUUGAUCUUCUUCCUCUUUACAGGAACAAUUGGUUUUUUUGCAUGCUUUUGGUUUGUUACCAAAAUAUACAGUGUGGUGAAGGUUGACUGACGGAGGAAGCCCUGGUGUGUCCAGUUAAAACAGAAAUAAAUUAAUUCUUCAUCAACAAAGACCUGGUUUGUGACUCCCUUGAGUUUUAUCAGACUUAUUGGCCUAGUAUUCCUUCAGAAAAAAAAAAGAAAAUGAAUUUCAAAUCCACUUCUUCCCAUCCACCUGUCCCCGAAAACUGUUUUCAACUCUCAAGACAUUUGUAUUGUGAUUUGAUUAAGUAUAUACUCAGUUGUUCUCCAUGGAGAGCAAAUUUAAAUAUGCUCUGUGUAUUUGUAAAUAUACAAUAGCUCUACAAUUUUUUUCCAUCAUCUAACACAGGUAGAGACGGCCAUAUUCAGCAGUGAAAUGCAGGACUAUUUGUUGUAAAUAGGAUUUUCUAGGCUCUGGAGGCAGAAAGAAUUAUUUUUCUUUGAAGGAAAUAACUUUUUAUCAUGGUAAUUUUGAAGGAUGAUUCGUAUGCUCUGUUUCGGGGGGGUUGUGGCUUUUAAAACAAAACAAAACAAACUCUUGUAUUGGUUGUACCUGUCGAGUACCUUCUCUGUUUCAAUAUCCAUCAUUCCCGUGGAUUGGCCUUUUAAACUAUGUGCCUCUGAGUCUUUGAAUUUAUAAAUUUGUUAUCUUAAUAAAUACUGUAAAAACGUC